AUGGAAGCAACCAUGCAGACCGUUCCAAGUCUUAUUGGAACUGGCACUGCUAUCGCCGCAGCGGCCAGUGGUUUGGUGUUCGGCCAACCCACCACUGAACCAAACACCUUCUCUCCUUCGACUCGACGUCCCUCCCAUUCCAGACGAGUCUCUAUAGACCGCGAACCGGGCGCACAGUCGCCAUCGCUUAGCAACUUUGCUUCCUCACGGCCCGCCACGAGCAACGCCGCUGCUGUAUUCGGCGCCUCCCACCAUUACACUCUCCCGCGCCCAGUUACCGCCUCGAGACCUCCCCUCUCCCGUUAUCAGCGACCGCCUAUGCCACAGACGCAGUCGACUCCCCCACAGCUUAACAGCAGGCAGUCGUCACUUGUGAGGCACUCUGAAUCACCAGCUCCCAUCCCCGAGUCUCGAGACUCGAUAUCCUCCAAUGGAUCUUGGAUAAGGCGCUUCUCUGUCCGCCCGUUGUCUCGCCACGAAAGCACGAGGUCGAGUGUUGGCCCUGACGCACCCUCUAUCUUCUCUCACGGCUCAGCUGCCCCGAUAUUGCGCGGUUCCCCAGCAGCGACUCUCCCUCCUAACAAGCUCGUUAAACGAUCUACCAACCAAAUCGAUCCCGAUCCUCUGCCACGGCGACGACGUGCGAAAUCUCACCUACAAAUCCUACCCACUCUUCGUCGACCUGCUACGAGUCACCAGAGGUCUGCGACUCUUCAACAAUUCCGACCGGAUUCCCCUGCAGUGUUCACACCAACAGAUUCAAACAACGUAUCGUUUGACGAUCAGGCACGACCCCACGAGUUCCUCGAUCCAACCUCAACCAGACCCCCCACCAGAUCAACAUCUCUUAGAAGCGGAUGGAAAUCGUAUUUUCACUCUAAAAGGUUCAGCAUCAGCGGACGCACAGGCUUGAGUAGGCUAGGUGAGUCGAGCCCACAUGCUCGAGGUGUCUCUUUAAAGCGCAUUUGCACCGAUAUCAACGAGCGCGGUAGAGUUUAUUUGGUGAAACCAAGAAUGGUUUCAGCGGUACCUGCCCCUCAAGGUCUACUGCCUGCUGCUCCAAUCCAAUCAGAAACACAUCCCCCUCAGACUGCUGAGGACAAGCCAACUCAAUCUCCCGAGACUUCACCGUUUAGCACACCCCGAAACUCGCUCUCAAUGCCGUUCGCAUCUGGAGAAACGUGGGCGGUAAGAGGGACAGGGAGCACUCAGCGUUCAAAACGUAGCGCUGAACCCAGAAGUGGGAAUAAGCGACGUGUGUCCGAACCGCUUACUGGUGCGCAAUCUGGCGCUGUUCCUCGAACCAAUCCGGACCUGGAAUUGACCCUCCCCGCAACGUCAACAAUAUCAGACCGGCAGGGAUUGUCGCUAGGUUCAGCUGCCAAUAUGCAGUUGAGAAGUCGCAAAAGAAACUCGUCAUCGCCUGUUCCUCCGCCUCCUAGACUUGCAAACUUUCAUAUGGAUACGUCCCGGCUAGGGUAUUCUGUUGGGGUUUCCACCCAUCAAUAUCGACCUAAUCAACCGUCAGGAAGUUCGACCAGCUCCACUGCCAUGUCACAACUGAGGGGACCGCAUCACGACAGGGCCUCCACCAUGGAGAGCUCUGAAGGUGACACCCGAGAUUGUACGUCGGUGGACGAUGAUGACACUGAAUACAAAAGCGAUUGUGUGUUUGACUCAUUGCGCACGAUUGGCUCCGGCCGUGCCCGUGCUGUCGAGACACCGCUGGAAUCCGUGUAUGACGAGUCACCGCCAAGCACUGCCGGAAAUGGUACAAAGACUAAGCGUCUGUCUAUUCAUGAGAUGCUUGGUCGGACCUGGGACGAGGACGACAAAAUCAUGGAGGAGGACGAGAACGCAUCCACCCCUGUCCGCACCCUAAAUCGAUCUGACAUCUCGCCGCAUUUCAGACUUGAGUCGAGAUUUAAUUCGUCGCCCUACGAUAUUCCAACCUCUGCAACCAAAGAGUACAGCAGGCUAUCCUUCGACGAUGAAUUUGAUGAUGAUUGGGCCAGGGAUGAUGAGUUCCAAUGUAACCCCUUAUCGCCUCCCUCAAAAGGGAGCUCGCUGAAUUCCAGGGGGAUCAACCCUAAUGUUCGCCUCGCCCUAGCCAACAUCAGCGGUAAUGGCAUUGCAGAUACAAACGGCCACGAUGCCCAUAAUGAUCGUCCGCUGAGCUCACUCUUCGACUGGAGUGAACCACCAACGCACGAGAAAUCCGACACUGGACGAUUACCGCGACCAAUGACUUCGUACGCCAAGCAGUUGGACCCUAGAGGCGGCCGUUCUGCUAACCGCAGAGGCCCGGCUCCUGCUCACGUCCGCAGCCAGAGCGUUCCAGUCGUUCACGAUGCUCCUGAAGCUUCUAAACCUACCGGAGCAAAGUAUGGCACUUGGGGAAUGGCGACAAAGCCAGUGAGCGAGGACUGGGACGACGAUUUUGAAUUCGGAAGCAGCGGUGUAGACAACAACGACAAGGAUAACAAAGUAUUCGCGGUUCCGGAAUCGAUUCGUGCAACGCAACCCAGCGUCAAGGCGCAUUCUGGGCAUAUCCGAGAAUUUUCUCUUCUCGUUAAUGAUCUGAAGCGACUCUGCCGUCAUGCCCGGGAUAUGGAUAUGCUCGAAGGAUCACAGAAACAUCUGUGGAAAGAGGCUGACGGUAUCAUUGCUCUCGCAUCACCCGAUGAAGAGUCGUUUGACGACGAUGAUGAUCAGAAGUCUACCUCAUCUAUCAACUUUGAUGCUUUCGAUAUUGACGAACGGUUUGGCGACGAUGGUUUUGAUGAUCAUUCCAUGAACCGUCUUGACGCCGCCUUCGACGGUCGCGAACCCCCAAUGUCCAAGACGACGGUGGUUCGAGAGCGACACUCUCCGCGCCGAAGGUCUGUCUUCUCUCCAGAAGACGAUAUCUUUGGCAACUGGCCCAUAACAGAAACGCCACCAUCAAACCGACCUAGUCGGCCCAGAACGCCCGAGAACAAGUACAACAAGGCCAAUGAUGUAUCAGGAGUUGUUCGUUCUGUUAUCGGAGCGAUGCAGCAUCGUGUCCCUGAACAGGUACCGGAUAAGGGCAAGGUUCAUUUCGACACCAACAGCCUCAAAUCUCUUGUUAAGAGGGCUGGUGAUCUACGGGACACACUAUCCGACAUCAUUCGACAGGCCGACCAGAUCACAGACAGCCCCAUGCGUACGCCACGAAAUAUACGACAACAGGAGUCAAGCCCCGCCUUCACUCGAGUGUUUGACGAUCCUGGCUCAAGCCCACCCAGAAGAGUGGCGCGAAGCCGCGGCAGCAAUUCACUUAGAGAAGCUGCAUCCUCGGACAACUCCCCACCUUCUGGCCUACCGCAAAGGAUGCAGAUGAUGACUGUCAACUAA